CGCAGUAGCCCCGUUAGUAGUCCGCCAUUGAGGAGACACGAUCUGAGAUAGAAACAGGUCAGAGGCAUUAAACAGACGCCUGUCACGUUUCGCUGUCCACGAGCUCUGAAGUUCGACGGUUGCCUAUUUGUUUUAGCUAACGUUAAGCAUCUUUUUACGGUAUCUUCAUAAAGCGCGACGCUGUAUUUUUUUCUCGGGAGAGACGUUAAUGGACCCACACAGUCCCCAACGGAUAUUUUAGUAGCGGUCUAGGGCGAAGAGAGCGAGCGUGUCCCUCAGCGCAAAGCGUGCUAGUGGGUUAAGCGAACCGAGCCUGGCUCUGGUCUGGGGGCUCUGGGGUUUGAUGGAUCCUAGAAUCGCCUGGUCUCAGCCAGAACAACGCGGACCUGCCAACAACCUGUGGAUGCAAAUCUGGGAAACGACACAGACGCUGGGAAAUCUCUACUUUAACAACAACUGCAACACCGCCAGUGCCAAACCGACUAAAAACGGCAGCAGCAGCGAGCCCAAGGAUCAGCAGGGGAUGUCUGGAUCCAAACCUGACAGUGAGGUCGCCGAUCAGCUAGACUUUAUUCCGCUGGAAACAAAUAACAAUAACAGCAGCAAGGCUGUGGUGACCAGGGGUGUUGGCGGAGGGGGGCAAGUGGGUGGAAGUGGGGUCGUCGGAUUGGGCAGGGGGCUCCCCAACAAGAGGAAACGAGACAACAAGGCGAGCACCUACGGUUUUAACAGGAGCCUGCAGACAGCUGGGGAAGAGCAGAUCUACACGGGCACACCAUGGAAAAACAGGAACUAUUCACAUGGCAUCGUGGGGCUGCAUGAAGAGAUAAAGGACUUUUAUGAAUACAUCUCUCCUCGCCCAGAGGAAGAGCAAAUGAGGCUGGAGGUGGUGGCCAGGAUCCAGAGAGUCAUCAAGGACCUGUGGCCCAGUGCCGAGGUUCAAGUAUUUGGCAGCUUCAGCACGGGCUUGUACUUGCCUACAAGUGACAUAGACUUGGUGGUUUUUGGGAACUGGGAGACUUUGCCUCUCUGGACUCUUGAAGAGGCGCUACGCAAGAGACAAGUUGCAGACGAGAACACUAUCAAAGUGCUUGACAAAGCAACGGUCCCCAUCAUCAAACUCACAGACUCGCGCACAGAGGUCAAAGUGGACAUCAGCUUUAAUGUGCAAAGUGGUGUUAAAGCUGCAAACCUUAUCAAGGACUUCAAACAGCAAUACCCUGUGUUACCAUACCUGGUGAUGGUUUUAAAGCAGUUUUUACUGCAGAGAGAGCUGAAUGAGGUUUUCACUGGAGGAAUCGGAUCCUACAGUCUAUUCCUUAUGGCGGUUAGCUUCUUACAGCUUCAUUACCGAGAGGAUGUGAACAGUCCAAACCCAAACCUGGGUGUGCUAUUAAUAGAGUUCUUUGAGUUGUAUGGUCGGCAUUUUAACUACCUGAAGACGGGGAUCAGGAUCAAAGAUGGUGGCUCGUAUGUGGCUAAAGAUGAAGUGCAGAAGGGCAUGCUGGAUGGGUACAGACCCUCUAUGCUUUACAUUGAGGAUCCAUUGCAACCAGGAAAUGAUGUUGGACGAAGUUCAUAUGGAGCGAUGCAGGUGAAAGAUGCUUUUGAUUAUGCUUACCUUGUCUUGGGUCACGCUGUAUCUCCAAUUGCCAAGCACUACCCCAACAGCAAGUUUGAGAGCAUUCUGGGUAGAAUAAUCCGUGUCACCCAGGAAGUAGCAGAGUAUCGUGACUGGAUCAGUAAACACUGGGUCCAGCAAAGCAACAACGACCCUGCCCUCAACUGUAAUGGAAAUGAUGUCACUCUGCUAGUUGAGCCUGAGGAUGAAUGUAAUAAUAACUUUUCAGAGGAAGUUGAAGAGCUUCUUCCAGUCCCCAGAAGCAAAGUGUCAUCCAGUUCCUCCUCUUCUUCUCCUUCAUCAACAUCCUCUUCACCUUUAACAUCUCCAUCCUCAACAGCUUCCAGCUCAAGCGAUGCGGAUUCUGAUGGAACGCCCUGUAAGACGGCAAAAGCACUGGGUGGGCGGGGCUCCGGCACUCACAGUGAGAGUACUGAGAGAAAUAUGUCCAAUCACAGAUCUCAGAAUCAUUCAACGCCAAUGCAAACACCCACUAAUAAGGGCAGUAAGAACCGGCAGCGUGCCAACGCUAAAAGUGCUCCAGGGCCACAGAACAAUCCCAACAAGAUACAACAAAACAGCAAGCCUCAUCACAAAGUCAUUGCGAAGAAGAGGAAACCCCAAAGUGAGGCAGCGCUCAAGGACCUGUGUAGAUAGGAGGCGCUGUUCUUGCAGACUCACACCUGCUCUUACCGUCUCUGACCACAGAGGAGCACCGAUGGUAUCAUUUAUCUCUCCUGUCCCACUGUUCAGGGGCUACGUGUGACUCUGUUGCUGGAAAAGAAAAAAAAACUUUUAUUAGGGGUUUAGUCCACUGAAUUUAAAUCAUGUGGGAGAGUUUAGGCCUGAACUCCACUGGCUUUUGCACAGCUUCUGUUCACUGCCUAUAGAGGAGCUGCUCUGCCCUGCUGAAGGACUCCAUGGUGGUUAAUGUGGAGGACCUGAGAACGUAGGAGAGAAAUUUCAACUUGAGCAAUACCUAAUACCCCAGACUUUUACCUCACUGAGGAAAACUGAAAUUUAAAAAAAGACUGAUUACAAAAAAAGAUGUGUUAUAUUGAAAGUACAAAGAUUUUUAAAUGUCUAUAAAAACAUGGAAAAUGUAAUGAGUACAAAAAGAAAUUAUGCAUGUUUUUGUUCCUUUUUUGAAGAGUGGUUAUUUUUGGUCAUGUACAAGAUAAUACAAAUAUUUGUACAAAAAAAAAAACUUAACAAAACAUAAAAAGCUUUAAAAAAAGUUUAAAAAAGAAAAAUACAUGAUCAAACUUGGAAAUGGUUUCAUAAGACUUUUAUAGCAUUGUUCAAAUUUAGCUAUGCUAUAAAUAUAAACAUAUUAGCACUGCGGUUCCUCAAAGCUAUGUACGGGUUUGGGUUCAAUUGCCAACAUUAUUCAUCAGCCUCUGUUAUUAUGUUGUGUUUAUGUAUGUUUUGGUAGGGCAAUGUCGGCAACUGAAAGAGAGCAUAUUCAUAGAUGACCGCACCACCCAUUUUGAAGUGCAAGUAUAAAAUUGCGCUUACAUGAGUUUUGCUGUCUUUCACAGAGAGUUUGAAGAGGAGAAGUGUGUUGAUGUUGACAUUUAAAAACACUAUCAACAUUGCCAUGUUUAAAAGAUUACAGCCUCUCGGAGUCAUCUGCCCAUAAGAAGUUAUAUUUGUUAACGUAUUUAUUUUUUAUCAGUGACCUUGGAUUUAUGUAUGCUUUUGGUAGAGGCCAGAUGUUUUGUGUCCUGUCUUAGGGCUGAGUGACAAUUAAUGAUUGUUGCUUUUCAUGUAGUGUGCAAUUUUUCUUUUUUCCUGAUAACCAUUGAGUGACCAAGUUUAUUUCUGAAAUCUGAAAAUAACAUUUUAAAAGAGAUAUAGAAAAAGUGAUGUAAUUAUUUUAAUUUGUGGCUGGUCUACUUAAAGGGAGGUAAGUUUUUUUUGUCUAUGUGAAAUAAUUUUUAUUUUGUUUAUUUUAUUUUUUCCAUUCCACUGGAUCUUGAUGUCUUGCAAAAGAAAGCCUGUGCUCUGAACCUAUUAAUGCAGUUCUUAAAAUGAACAGUAGGUGAUGGUAUAACCUAAUGUUACUUCAUACACUGUAACUCCCUGUUGACUUUCCUCUUUUUGGUUUAGUUAUGCCAGCAGGUGUAUGUUUAAGAGACGAUGGCUUUUGAUCAGGCAAUAUUAGUUCUCCAUCUGUAUUGUGAAGCUCUAUAUGAGAUCAAGCCCCCUAUCAAAGCCAGUAGUGUCUUAAAACCAGAUGGAUCUCAUUGAAAUAGAUUUAGAUAUAGGAUAUUUGAAGUUCUUCAGUGCCACGGCAAAUGCUCCAACAGUUCACAUUACAUGUAUCCAUGAUUGGCUCCAAUUAAUGCAAUAAAAUUACAGCACAACUAUCAAAUAUCAA